AUGGCUCCCGAGGAGCUCCCGGGCUCGGCCGACUACGAUUACCCACCGGUGACCAACGUGACGGGCAACCAGGAGCUCCCCUCCAGCUGGGAGGUCUUCUUCACCACCGUCUUCAUCCCCACCCUUUACUCCUUCAUCUUCCUCCUCGGCCUGGUGGGGAACCUCUUCGUCAUCGCGCUGAUGGCCCAGAGGAGCGGGGGCAAGAGGGUGGUGGACACGUUUGUGCUGAACCUGGCGGUGGCAGAUGUCAUCUUCGUGUGCACCCUGCCCCUCUGGGUGCUGGCAGGGGCGCGGGGCCACCGCUGGGUGCUGGGCGAGGGGCUCUGCAAGCUCAGCAGCUACAUCAUCGCCAUCAACCGCUGCUCCAGCAUCCUCUUCCUCACCGCCCUCAGCGUGGAGCGUUACCUGGUCAUCAGGAAGGUGCUGGACACCAAGGUGACAGGGCCCCGCUGGCAUGUCCGUGUCACCUGUGGGGUCAUCUGGGUGGUUUCCCUCCUCCUGGGUGCCCCUUCCCUGGUGUACCGGCAGCUGGAUGGGGAAGACUGCUGGGAUGAAGAUGGAGAGGACUUCAGCUUGGCCAUGGUCUUCCUCACCUUCCUCCUGCCCUUGGGGAUCAUCUCCUUCUGCUACUGCUCCAUCUACUGCCGGCUCCAGCGCCACGUCCGGCUGGGCAGGGGGGUCCGCAGGUCCCACCGUGCCAUUGUCACCAUCGUCACCGCCUUCCUCUGCUCCUGGUUGCCCCUCAACGCCUGCAAGGUCCUGCUCUUCUUCCUCGCCAAGGGGACGCUGGUGCUGUCCCAGGGCCAGGAGGUGGCCCUGAGCCCCACGGUUUUCCUCUACGAGCAGGACCUGGCCCCGCUGCGCUACCAGCGCCUGGUGGCCUCUCACAGCCGCAUCGUCCGCACCCCCUCGCUCAAGGACUACCCCCCGGGGGGCAGGGGACUCUCCAAGGCCACUGUCACCGAGGAGCUCAAGUCGUGGCACCAACGGGCCCGGCUCAGGGGGACCCGUCCCCACUCCCUCGACAGGCAAGGGGCUUUUCGGGGACCUCGUGGUGGGACCACCAGGGACCUGCCCAUCGACCGUGGAGUCCUGCCGUGGGCUCAG